UCUGAUGAAGAAAUGUAGUGAAAUUCCUGUAAAACAAAGUUUCUGGUUUUUAAAUUGUGGUUAUAUGAUAUUUUGAAAUAGAUUGGACACUAUGACAUUUUGAAAUUUACAUUUUGGAGCACAGUAAAAUAGUUUUAUAUGUUGUUAUCGAAAAGUUAUCGAGGGAAAGACCGUCGCCGCUUUCAUUGUCCAGUUGUGAAAUUCGAAACGUAACUAGUUAUGAGUCGGAAGAGGACUCAGGCACUACCUGAUAUAUAUAAACCAAAACGAAGAUUAUGUUCUGCCACAGCAUUAGCCAGUAAUGGCCAAACAGCAUCAAUCAAUACAACACAUGGAGAAAUCGGCGAUGUGAUUCUAAAUGACACCCAUACCUUCUUGAAUCGUCUGAAGGGUCUUUUCCCUGCUGACAAAUUUAAGUAUAAACUGCCACCUAUUGUCCUGAAGCAUCAGCUGUAUGGUAUGAUGAAUGAUCGUACCAAAGUAGACCAGGAGCUGAAUGACCUAAGAAAACAUGGAUUAAUCAAACUGUUCAAACUGGGAUCAGAGGCAGAUGAGUACUGCAUUUUGUUUACCAAUGACUAUGAGGAGCAUGUGAAGAAGACCAUGGUGUCUUUGGCUAUAAGUCCGAUCUUAAUUGAGAGAUUUAGUUCUAAUGUUGUCAGAAAAUGUCAAGAUGUCUGUGUGACAAAGGAGACACUCAUGAUGGAUUACAAAUUCUCUGACUUUGAAAUAACACAACUACUAAAAGCUUCUGUGAUAACUGUGAAAGAUAUCGGAAACUGGUGGUUGUCGAUUCCAAAUGCUGGCACAUUUAUGAAGUGUUUUCUGCGAGGCAGGAAAGCUGUCCUUACCAUGAUCAGGAAGUGUAAAUACAAAGAGAUACUUAGAAAGGAUCUAGAACAUCGAAAAUGGCCAAAGAUCUGUCGCUUGGGUUUGAUAUACCACGUACAUGAUAUAAUAGGAGGAGAGUUAGUUCACUGUGUGCAGACUACCUCAGGACAACUAUUAAGACUGAAAGAAUGACAGAAGGUUAUUUAUGUGGAAAGAAUGGCUGCAUGAUUGAGGGAAUCUCAAAGUUGUUUUUCAGGAGAGUGAACAAUGAAGAAACAGGUUGCAAGACACUUUGCGCCCGUUUACUUCAGCAAAGUUGUGAUAUUAGAAAUGUUAUAACACACUGAUAAUUUAUAGAUUUUAAACAGGGUCUAAUAUAACAUAUAAAUCAAUGCACUUUAAUAAUAUAAAGCUUAUGGGAACUUUUGUUCCAAAGAAUAGUUGUUACGAUUAUGCCUCCAUCAGUGAUAAUGAGCAGGUGAAUUGCUUGUCACAUUCACAACAAAUGGAAUAUUGUAUACCUUCUUCCUCAAUACUUUGAACCUUUGAUAUUUUACACUGUUUUUUUUUUUAGUUACUGCUUUCCCACAUAGGACAUGUUGUAAUGCACCUUAAACAUAUAAUUUUGGUUCUUAGGAAUCCAAAAUGUGUUAAUCAGGAAAUGUUUCUUGAUAUGAAAAGAGUCAAACUGAAGUAUUUUCUAUUGAACAUGUCUUGUUUCAGUCAUAUAGUAUGUUGUUUUUGAACAGAUGAAAGACAAAGGUUCUAGCGUAUUAUAAAAUAACAUUGUAUGUAUCAACACGUGUCACUUUUAACAUUAUUGAGAAUGGUUUAUUAGAACUUAUUUCAAUAUUUCACAUUUUCUACGACAGUGUACAUGGACUUUCCAUUUACAUUCUUUUAAAAGUCACAUAAUAUUGUUGUUUGUGUAGAGUGCCAAAGUUCAUUCAUCAGACAUUCAGAAUUGUUUUUCUCUAAAGAAGAAGAACUGGUGCUGGUGUUGUCAGUACAGUAGCUUGUUUUGUUCAUAUUUGGUAAGGAAUUUUUCAUUAUUAUUCAGCAAGAUAUAAUAGGUGCUAGCAUGAUAAUGUGUAUGUUGUAUCUAAGAAAAGGGGAGAUAAUUCAGGAUGAUGGAAUGCAAAGAGGCUAAACAGAUCGGCAGUAUGAAAGGAAUAAGACGAAAAAGUUUAACAAAAAGUAUUAUAGCUCUGACAUGGUUAAGAGUCUAAUAAAAUAUAUAUUAUUUGCCUCUGUUAGCUUACCUUUUGAAAGGCAAGUGAGGUUGGGGCAUGGUGUAGCAUUCUUUUUUGGUCUUUUCACCUAGCAUCGAUUAUUAUUAAGUGUUUUCUUAAGGGUGAAGAAUUGUAAAGCCAUACUGUUAAAGUGAUUAGAAUGCUAAAAUGAAGAUUUUUCAAAAAAAAAAAAAUGAACUCACCUACAUUCAAGAUCUUGAUGUUGAAAUGUGUGUAUUAGAAUGGUGUACAUCAACUUUUAAAGUUACGAGAGUAAAAUAAAUUUUGAAUCUUCAAACAAAGUAUCUAUUGAUAAAAUGUUCAGAUAAAGAUGCUGUUACUGUGAAGGUUGGAAAAUCACAGAAGUGAGAUGAGUUACAGGUCCACUAGAUCUCUUCGUGUUUUAUAGGUAAUACAGGCCCUCUUCAAUGUUCUAUAGUUUACGUUACUGUUGUUGACCAAAACCUGUUGUUCACUGCCUUUUUGUGUGAUUGUUAAAGGCUGUGGUUAUCUGUUGCUGACAGAGUUAUUUGUUCACUGACCGUUAAUCUGUUAUUUCUUCUGAAACUGUUUUCUGUCUGUCCUCCAGAUAUAUAAUUUUACAAGUUUAACAUAGUCGAGACAAAAGGAGAUGGGAUUGAUGGUAAGGGAAGCUGAAAAUGAAAGUUUUUUGGUUCAUAUGAAAGCCUAAUGAGCCUAAGGUGACAUCAGAAGUAAAAUUAUAUAUUUACUGUGAUAUUUCUUAAUUAUGCAUUAAUUUUAAAGGGACUGAAUGGUUAGAUUUUGUUAAGUUUUUCUGUGCGUUUGAUUUUGGGCAAGCAUUGUAAUACCUAAAAUUAGACAAUUCACAAAAAUCAUAGCACUUUUUGAGAAAAAUUGAUAAUGAUUAUCAGCUUCAAACUAACACAGGUCGACACUCACGGUUGUGUCUACAGACAUUUGCUGUUUUGAUCGGAGAUAGCCGAGUUUAUCACUUUACCUUUCCGAACCUCGUUUUAGCCUACCGCAUUGGUAUGAUUUCUAAAUCUUGCACCAUGCAAGUGCAAACACAUUGUUUACACUCUCCAAAUGAUAAUGAUAUGAAUAGUGAUGGGUCACUUCUAUUUUGUUUAAGUUUUUUGACAUUUUUGGUAACUUGCAAACUUGUAGAUAUUAUAAUUAGCAGAAAAUGCAUGACAUUUAACAGAUAAUGAAAUGUUAUAAUACUUUUUAUCAGUUACGAAAUGAACAUCUAAUCAUUUAGUCCCUUUAAUGCAUUGCUCUCAUUGUAAGAAAUAUUGACUUUUUUGUUCAUGUGUCCUUACAAGUCAGUCUUCCUUACUAGACAUGAUUUCUGUACACCAGUGCCCUUACCAGCCAAGUUAUCUGUGUAGUGGUGGCCUUACUGGGCAUCAUUUCUGUACACCAGUGCCCUUACCAUCCAAGUUAUCUGUGUAGAGGUGGCCUUACCAGGCAUCAUUUCUGUAUACCAGUGCCCGUACCAUCCAAGUUACCUGUGUAGUGGUGGCCUUACUGGGCAUCAUUUCUGUAUACCAGUGCCCAUACCAGCCAAGUUACCUGUGUAGUGGUGGCCUUACUAGUCCCUUUAAUGCAUUGCUCUCAUUGUAAGAAAUAUUGACUUUUUUGUUCAUGUGUCCUUACAAGUCAGUCUUCCUUAUUAGACAUGAUUUCUGUAAACCAGUGCCCCUACCAUCCAAGUUAUCUGUGUAGUGGUGGCCUUACUAGGCAUCAUUUAUGUAUACUAGUGCCUUUACCAGCCAAGUUAUCUGUGUAGAGGUGCCCUUACCAUCCAAGUUAUCUGUGUAGUGGUGGCCUUACCAGGCAUCAUUUCUGUACACCAGUGCCCUUACCAGCCAAGUUAUCUGUGUAGAAGUGGCCUUACUAGACAUCAUUUCUGUACACCAGUGCCCUUACCAGCCAAGUUAUCUGUGUAGAAGUGGCCUUACUAGACAUGAUUUCUGUAUACUAGUGCCCUUACCAUCCAAGUUAUCUGUGUAGUGGUGGCCUUACCAGGCAUCAUUUCUGUACACCAGUGCCCUUACCAGCCAAGUUAUCUGUGUAGAAGUGGCCUUACUAGACAUCAUUUCUGUACACCAUUGCCCUUACCAGCCAAGUUAUCUGUGUAGAGAUAUCCUGACUAGCCAGGCUUUCUGUGUACAGAUAUCCUGACUAGCCAGGCUUUCUGUGUAGAGAUAUCCUUACUAGCCAGGCUUUCUGUGUAGAGGUAUCCUUACUAGCCAGGCUUUCUGUGUAAAGGGUAUCCUGACUAGCAGGUUUUCUGUGUGGAGGUAUCCUGACUAGCCAGGCUUUCUGUGUAGAGGUAUCCUGACUAGCCAGGCUUUCUAUGUAGAGAUAUCCUGACUAGCCAGGCUUUCUGUGUAGAGAUAUCCUUACUAGCCAGGCUUUCUGUGUAGAGGUAUCCUGACUAGCCAGGGUUUCUAUGUAGAGAUAUCCUGACUAGCCAGGCUUUCUGUGAAGAGAUAUCCUGACUAGCCAGGUUUUCUGUGUAGAGGUAUCCUGACUAGCCAGGCUUUCUGUGUAGAGGUAUCCUGACUAGCCAGGGUUUCUGUGUAGAGAUAUCCUUACUAGCCAGGCUUUCUGUGUAGAGAUAUCCUGACUAGCCAGGCUUUCUGUGUAGAGAUAUCCUGACAAGCCAGGCUUUCUGUGUAGAGGUAUGCUGACUAGCAAGGCUUUCUGUGUAGAUGUGCCCAUACUAUCCAGAUUUACUAUGUAAAUUUGCUCAGUUUGUUUUUGGUUUUUUUUGUACUGGUGUACUUACUAGAAUGUUUUUUUGUGCGUAAGACCAACCAGCUGUUCUAUGUUGUCAUCAGAAGAUAUAUCUAAAACUACUAGCCAGAUUUUUUCUGCAUAAGUGUCUUUCAUACACAGGCAUUUAUAUUACAUUGUUUUAUAGCAAUAAAUCAUAUGGAAAGAGCAUUAAUGUUAUUAUAAUAGAACUGUUGUAUAUUGAACAGAAGUAUGUUGUAUAUAUUGUAAGCUGACCUUCACUAGUAUAGGUUAAGAUGUCAAUGCAGUAUUAUAGAUAUGGAUUUGUAAUGUCACCCGAUUGCUAAGUGACAAUUGUACCAUAAGCUGUAUCAUCUGGUAAAGGCCAGUUUGUUUGUUUCAGUUUUAUCAUGUUGAUUUACAAGGAUUUUUUAUUGGUACCUUCCACGCCUGUUUAUAACUACAGAUCUGUUGUUUUUGGUUUUAUUAUGCCCUUGUCAUUUCAGGGGAGGGGGUCAUGUAGUGUUACCCAUUUCCGUCCAUUGCAUCCCAGCCUAUUCCGAAACAGUGUCAUAUCUUGAGAAUCACUCAACAGAUUUGGUUCAUGUUUAUCUGAUAAUAUCCCAACACAUUUCAGAUUCAUGGAAUAUGCAUGACUUAGACCUGAUGUGUGAAACAUAACUACUGUCAAAUGUGUGAAGACUUCCAGGUGGUAAACUACAGUAUCAUGUCCACAGUUUGAAUCUAUUUAUAAACAGAAUUAGGAAAUUUAGUGCUAAAAUCUAUGUUAUUACACUUCAAAUAACAUCAUAUAUUUAUUGCUGGUAUAAUUAGGUAGAAUAUUUUCAUGGUAUUGUGUAUGUAAAAUUACUACUGUGGCCAUAUUUAGUACAUUGUAUACAUUUAAAGUAAUUUACCUUAAUUCAUAAAAUGCCCAGAAAUCAAAGGAUUGGCAAAAUAUAUUAGUAUUAUGAUAUCAUAUCAAUAGUUUGGCAUUCCUGAAAGUAAUGAGAUGGUUGUAUGUUAGCAGUGAAGACAUGUAAUGUAAGGUCAUAGGUCAAAUUGAACAUGUGACACAAGGUCAUAGGUCAUUAAGCUUGGACAUGAAUGUGAUACAUGGAUCACAGAUGAUGUUGAACAUUGUAAGAUCACCAGUCAUGGUGAACAUGUAUUUGUGUUUAGCAAUUGACAUUUUGCAAAGUGUCCUCUUGAUCAAAAUAUUGUAUGAAAAUUGAAUACCAAAUUUGCUAAGGUGAAUUUGACAUCUUCCAUGAAGCUAGAAAUGAGAUGUAAGGUUGCAAGUCAUUGUGAACUUGUAGUUGAACAUCAUUGCUCAAGUUGACCAUGUGACAUAUGAGGUCACAGGUAAAGGUGAACAUGUGAUGUAAGGCCAGAGGUCAAAGUGAACAUGUAAUUAGAGAACACUAGUCAAAGUGAACAAGUGAACAAGUGAUGUGAGGUCAAAGGUCAUGCUCGAUCUAUGGCAUACAAGGUUACAGAUCAAGAUGAACAAAUGAUAUGAGGUUCUACAGCUCAAGAUAGAUCUCUGGUGUGAUUGAUAAUGUUAAAUAAAUUUGAAAGUGAAAAUGUACGUGUAAGAAGAGUUGGAUGUGCCGAUAUACCUUAUAUUUAUUGUGUAUCUGAAUGUAGAGAUGCUGAAGUUGUUAAAUGUGAGGUAGUAUUUAAGAAAGUAUCACUUAGACUGAGAUUGAAAGAAAAAAUAAUUUGUUUACUUUUUAUAGCAUAUAUUUAUGUGUAAGUAGGUGAUUAACAGAUCUACAGAGAAAUCACUGGGAGGUUAAUUCAUGCACUUAGGUUAUUGUAGAUAUAUGUUCAAGUGUUUUUACUGAGGUAUUGUUGUGUAGCAUUAUCAAGACUUCUGGUAUAUUGAAAGUUACGGUACAAGUCCUAAACCAGUCCAAACACCUGCCUUUGUUUGAAACUAUAUGAAUAAAAGUCGUUUGAAAA